AUGGCGUUUGUCAGACGGGAAUUGCUGGUUUGGCCGGCGUUGGACGUGGAGUUCUUGACAACGUUCAUUCUAAGCCUUAUGUCGUCCAUCGACAUACGUGCAGAAGCUGGAGUACAAUUGUUGGCAGAAUUUCUGGAUAUUCAUGAAGGAGGUCACAACAAUGCUGAGCAUUUCGCGCACGAAGUUUACUCUUAUCUUCGUUCCCCAUACCGAUCUCUCACGAUAUAUGACAAUAUCGUGCAGUACGACAUGCCAUGUAACAAUGAAAGCAUCCCGUCUAAUGUUCAGCUUCCAGCGCCACCAUCGGCACAUUCUUGCCUUGAUAUUCGAUCUGGGCAAUUUGCUGCGCGCCACGGCAGAGCCAUUGGAAUGUCUCCAGGCACCUCUUGCGUGCAGAAUAACAGAGGAAGAUAUCAAUCUCGGUCUUCGGACCAUCCAUCACCCUCAUCAGUCCGCGAUGAGCGGGAUAAUCAUCGGCAUUGCGAAACUAGUGUUUCCAGUCCCUCCAGUCUGCCUACACAGAAGAAACGCCCACGGAGUGCCUCAGAAGAAUCUCGCGGACGGAGAGCACUUCGCUAUCGGAACGAUCUAGUGCGACGUCGCCUAAAUGUUGAUGGCGAGUUGCGCGAGCCUGCUUCGGACUUCACGGCAGCUACCAGUACUCAACCUCGACAUACCUCCUCAUCCCUUUGUGGUCCAAUACAGUCCACUUCCACGGAACAUUUGUCGUCACCAUUCUCGGAAAGACGGAAAGCGCCUGUGGACAAUGUGGAUGACCACCACAAGGCCCCUACGACAUCUCAUGUGCAACUGAAUUUCGAGAGCGAUAACUUCAGGUCACCCAUACAGGAACGGAAGGAAGUGCAGCGAGGACCCGUCAAGCUCAUUCGCCAUCGCGAGCCGGCACUACUUUCGAUUCGCUCCAACAUCUCGGCCAGUGGAUCACUUGACAUGCACAAGAAUGGUCAGAUACCUUCGGUUGAGGCAGAAGGGGAUAGCUUCCGGACUGAGCCUUCUACUUCGGCCGCGCGAGGAAAGGAAUCUGGCACAGCUCUCGUUGAUACUGGUCGCAAAGCCACUAUGCAGCGUCACGGACAACCUGACAUAGGUCUUAGAAUCAAGAAUGCUUCCAAGACCGUCGGAGUUCCUCCACGCAAAUUGAAGGGCGUGGACCUGGGCGAUCAAGUGGCAAACGUGGAGCAGUCAGAAACCGCGGCAUCUGAUUCGAAAGCGAACGCCAUCCAUCAGCCCAGUGCCGUGCUAAUGGCGCAGGUAAGGGCACGGCUUAGGCUAGAACUAGCUAUGGCCAGUGCUAGGGAAACGGGCCGAGAACCGUCGUCUACAAAGGCUCGUUGCAGUGAACAUCAGAACUAUGCUGCAUUAUCAGUGACAGAGCCUGGCGCACCCGAAAGGCGUUCACCGGAAGUUUUAAAAGAACUGCUCUUGUCAAAGCUGGCGAAAGAAAAGGCACUGCUGGAACUGGCCCCCGCGCCUGUAAUUGACCAGCGAGAGCUGGCUCCGGGCGCAGACGAGUGCUCACGUACACACAUCGCUGUAGAAAAGAGACUUGUUUCUUCGGUCAAAUAA